AUGAUAAAUCAGGCUGUGAUGCUUCCCUAUGGAGCAUUGGAUUGUGAGAAGGGAAAAACCUUCAAUCCUACUGGAAGUGCUUGUCCUCUGACAUGCUCCAAUAAGGACUACCAUCGUUUCAUGACUUGUUCACGCCAAAACAUAGAAACAUGUGAAUGCAAAGAGGGAUACAUGUUGCAGGAUGAUCAGUGUGUGAGGGAAUGUGAGGUUACUACAACACCACAAAUCACCACAACAGUCACACCUACCACACCACCCAAGGAAUGCUUCUGCUUCGGGUAUGGUGAAUGUCACUUCAGCACCUUUGACAGUCGCUCAUACAAGUACUGCGGACGCUGCACACAUCUGCUGUCUCGUCACAAUGCCAAGAACCCUGACUAUGAGGUCUACAUCAGCAAUGAGGCUUGUCCAAAUAACCCAAGCUACACCUGCACCAGGUCUGUGAAGGUACUCUGUGGGAAGACGCAGGUGGAACUCAUGGCAGGAUUCAAGGUUAUCAUUGAUGGCUCUGCCCGGCUGGUGCCUAGAGGAGUCACUAUCCCUAUCAACAAUGGAGCCAUGACUGUGCGCUGUGUUGGUCUUCGCCUGAUCUUGAACUAUGAACGCUAUGGUCUGGAGGUGCAGUACGACGACUCUUGCCAUGGAUUCAGUGUAACAGUUCCCAACGACCGAUAUGGCUCCAACACUGAGGGUCUUUGUGGUGUCUGCAAUGGACAGUACAAGGUCACAGACUUCAACAAGUUUGGCCGAUCAUGGUUCAUUGAUGAUGGUGCUAAGCACUGCCAGACACUUCCUCCACCCGCACCAACCUGCUCACCAGUGGAGUCCUCUGUGUGCGACAUCCUGCAUUCUUCAGUAUUUGCACCUUGCCACUCAUACGUCAAUGUCAAGAACUUCCGCGAGGCCUGUGGAGAUGAUGUCUGCUCAGGAAAGGAGCUCUGUGACACCCUGACUGCUUAUGCUAAAGCAUGCCAACGCUGUGGCAUCUGCCUGUCCUGGAGAAGCGACAAACUCUGUCCAAUAACAUGCCCACCAACAUUCGUCUACGACCCAUGUGGUUCUGGAUGUCCUGAAACCUGUGAAAACACUGCCUAUUACCAGAAGAAGGUAACAGGACGCUGCAGCCAUCCAUGUGUAGAGGGCUGCCGCUGCCCAGAAGGAAAGGUUCUUGGUGCCGACCGUUGUGUGGAUCCGGCAGAGUGCACAAUGACUACAGUGAAACCAACAACUAUAAGGACAACAACCACAGUUGUUACCACAACAACCCCAGAAGAAACAUAUCCCGAGACAACCACAUACCGUACACCAAGGAAGGUUACAACGCCAGGGACAACUACCAGGCCAGAGGUCACUGAGCCAGAAAGGACCUACCCUGAGACCACCAGGCCAGAGAGGACCUACCCUGAGACCACCAGGCCAGAGAGGACCUACCCUGAGACCACCAGGCCAGAAAGGACCUAUCCUGAGACCACAAGGCCAGAGAAGACCUACCCUGAGACCACUAGGCCCGAGAAGACAUAUCCUGAGACCACCAGGCCAGAGAAGACCUAUCCUGAGACCAGCAGGCCAGAGAAGACCUAUCCUGAGACCACCAGACCAGAGAAGACCUAUCCUGAGACUACCAGGCCAGAGAAGACCUACCCUGAGACCACCAGGCCAGAGAAGACCUAUCCUGAGACCACCAGGCCAGAGAAGACCUAUCCUGAGACCACCAGGCCAGAGUCUUACACAACAACAUACAAAACACCAAGGAAGGUUACAACUCCAUCUUCCACAACAACUUCAGAAACAUACACCACAAAGCCUGAGACAUACACCACAAAGCCUGAGACUGAAACAACUGCACCAGAGUAUACUACAUCAGAGCCAAUAGUCACAACACAAUGCAAGAAGAGGGUGUAUGGCUGCUCCUUCAAGUGUGAGGAGACCUGCCACUGCUACAGGUACAAAAUCACCCAGUGCCAGCGCAAUGACCCUAAAGCCUGUGUGCCAACUUGUGGGGAAUGUCCACAGUGUCCUAAAGGCUACAUCAGGAAGGACCAAUACCACUGCAUCAAGCCAACAGAGUGUGACUGUAUCACUGAUGGAGGCAUUGUGGUCAAGCUGAAUGUGCAAAGAAGGUGUAUGGUUGUUCCUUCCGUUGUGAGGAAACCUGCCACUGCUACAGGUACAAGAUCACUCAGUGCCAGCGUGGUGACAGGAGUUCAUGUGUGCCCACCUGUGGUGAGUGCCCCGCAUGUCCCAAAGGCUACAUCAGGAAGGACCUGUAUCACUGUGUCAAGCCUACAGAGUGUGACUGUAUCACAGAUGGAAACAUUGUUGUGCCGGCCGGCAAGACAGUUAAAGUUGGGCAGUGUCAGGUGUGCACAUGUUACCAGAACACAUUGACAUGUAGCAACAUGUGUACAACAUCAGCAACAACAGAGGCAACAGCAACAACAACAACUCGGGCAAUCACCACUGGGUACAAGACACCCAGAAAGGUUACAACACCAGUUCCAACACCAACUACAA